GCUGUAUAAAUAAACAAAGGUCACGUGACAAUGUUUAGCGCCGUAAACUCAACCCCCCUUACUAAAACAUAAUAAUGAGAAAUGACAUAUAACAUCUAAAAACAUGUCACAUUUUCAAACGAUUUAGAAAUGAAUUUAUACCACAAUUUCAAUGCGAGAAUUUGCGAGAAGCACCUGUUAAAAUGGCGACUUUCUUUGGAGAAAUUUUGCCGGUCAGCUCCAGAGCUGUUGAAGAAGAGGAUGAUGAUGAUGAUUUGCCAUCAUAUUACAGUAACUCAAAAGUGUGUUGGACAGAUGAUGUAACAGGCCAAUUAAAUAAAAAUGGAAAGUUGACUUGUUCUGUGUUGAUGAUAGCAACAGAUAAUGUCUCAUGUGCUUUUCUGGAAGCAUAUCUGAGAUCUGAUGACGAUACGUUACUUGGUGGUGUGUUUUGUGGAGUUAGUGAUGAAGAACAGUUAUCAUUACAAUCAAAAAUUAAUAAAAUAAGUACUAUCUACAGAGUUGCAAAAUAUCCAUCUAUAUUUGUCUGUCAGUGUCAAACAAAAGUCCAUCCUGAACAAAGUUUUUCAUGGGUUCAGCAGAUUUUUUCAAACCUAGACUGUACAAAUUGUGAUAUAGUUGUGUUAUCUAGUGCUGUUACAUGUGACUAUAAAACUGAUGUUCCAUUAUCUGAAAUAAAAACUCCAUUUUUAAAAGCCCUGUACACAGAUCAAAUGAAGCCAUCUUGUAUAUGUUCAACUUUAGAACAACCUAAUAUCAUUUCAUCUUUACCAGCACAAAUUUUAGCAUACAGUCAGAUUAAUGAACUAAAAUCUAGUUUGUUUGUGUGCUAUACAGAUGUGAUACAUUUUGACAUAACAACAGUGAAAGCCUUUUUACCAGUUUUAAAGUUACCAACCUUAAAGAAUUUACAGAUUAAUCCUGAUGCAGAGAAGAAAUUAAUACAAAUAAUGAAACGAAAUAAUGAUGGUUCAUUGUUAUAUUUAUAAACAUAAUAUAUCGUAUUUAAUGUAAAUAAAACAAGUGUCUCUUCA